AGAGAAACAAAACCAAAAAAAGGAGCAAAACACGCCGUUAAAAAACAACACGCCCCCCCCAAAUAAUAAUAAUUAAAAAAACACCCUAAAAAGCGCCUCGCCUCCCUCCGCGCGGGCAGCCCGGACGCGUUCGGAUGUUGUCGCUCUGACCCGGGCGGGGCAGGAGCCGAGAAGGAUGAAGCGCCGGAGUGCCGACUGCAGCAAACUCCGGCGGCCGCUGAAGCGGAACCGCAUCACCGAAGGCAUCUACGGCAGUACUUUUUUGUACCUGAAAUUUCUGGUAGUCUGGGCCCUUGUCCUGCUGGCUGAUUUUGUGUUGGAGUUCAGAUUUGAAUAUCUUUGGCCGUUCUGGCUUUUCAUCAGGAGUGUUUAUGAUUCCUUCAGAUACCAAGGACUGGCCUUUUCAGUAUUUUUCGUUUGUGUAGCAUUCACGUCCAAUAUUAUAUGCCUACUCUUCAUACCAAUACAAUGGCUGUUUUUCGCUGCCAGCACAUAUGUUUGGGUACAAUAUGUCUGGCAUACAGAGAGGGGAGUGUGUUUACCAACAGUAUCGCUGUGGAUACUAUUUGUUUAUAUUGAAGCAGCAAUUAGAUUUAAAGAUCUCAAAAACUUUCAUGUAGACCUUUGUCGACCUUUUGCUGCACACUGUAUUGGCUAUCCUGUGGUGACUUUGGGCUUUGGCUUCAAAAGUUAUGUCAGCUAUAAGAUGCGGUUAAGAAAACAAAAGGAGGUGCAGAAAGAGAAUGAAUUUUACAUGCAACUUCUUCAGCAAGCUUUACCGCCAGAACAGCAGAUGCUACAAAGGCAAGAGAAAGAAGCAGAGGAAGCAGCCAAAGGACUGUCUGAUAUGGAUUCCUCAAUACUUUUGCAGCACAAUGGGGGUAUUCCAGCCAAUAAAAAAUUAUCUACAACAUUACCAGAACUGGAAUACAGGGAAAAGGGGAAAGAAAAAGACAAAGAUGCCAAAAAACAUAACCUUGGAAUAAAUAACAAUAUUUUGCAACCUGUAGACUCUAAAAUACAGGAAAUCGAAUACAUGGAGAACCAUAUCAAUAGCAAAAGAUUAAAUAAUGAUCUUGUGGGAAGUACAGAAAACCUCUUAAAAGAGGACUCAUGCACUGCCUCGUCCAAAAACUACAAAAAUGCCAGCGGCGUUGUGAACUCCUCACCUCGCAGCCACAGUGCAACUAACGGGAGUAUCCCUUCCUCAUCUAUUAAGAAUGACAAAAAACAGAAGUGUGCUAGCAAGAGCCCAAGUGCACACAAAGACUUGAUGGAAAACUGUAUUCCCAAUAACCAGCUAAGCAAACCAGAUGCACUGGUAAGGUUGGAGCAAGAUAUUAAGAAGUUAAAGGCUGAUCUUCAGGCAAGCAGGCAAAUUGAACAAGAGCUGCGUAGUCAGAUUAGUUCUCUGACUAGCACAGAGCGGGGAAUUCGGUCUGAGAUUGGACAGCUCCGACAAGAAAAUGAGCUGCUUCAGAAUAAACUGCAUAACGCUGUGCAGAUGAAACAAAAAGAUAAGCAGACCAUUGGCCAGUUGGAGAAAAAGCUGAAAGCGGAGCAAGAGGCACGGACCUUUGUAGAAAAACAGUUGAUGGAAGAAAAAAAAAGGAAGAAGUUGGAAGAAGCAACUGCUGCACGGGCUGUUGCUUUUGCUGCUGCUACUAGAGGAGAAUGCACUGAAACUUUACGGAAUCGCAUCAGAGACCUGGAGACAGAGUGCAAGAAGUUAACAAUUGACAUAAAGCUGAAAGAAGAUCAGAUACGAGAUCUAGAAAUGAAAGUUCAGGAACUACGGAAAUACAAAGAGAAUGAAAAGGAUACAGAGGUAUUAAUGUCAGCACUUUCAGCCAUGCAGGAUAAGACACAGCACUUAGAAAACAGCUUGAGCGCGGAGACAAGGAUCAAGUUGGACCUGUUCUCUGCGUUAGGAGAUGCAAAAAGGCAACUUGAGAUCGCCCAAGGGCAAAUCAUUCAAAAAGAUCAGGAAAUCAAGGACCUAAAACAGAAGAUCGCAGAAGUUAUGGCAGUAAUGCCCAGCAUAACAUACACUCCGGCCACCAGCACGCUGAGUCCCGUUUCCCCACAUUAUUCUUCCAAAUUUGUGGAGACCAGCCCUUCUGGACUUGAUCCCAAUGCCUCAGUUUAUCAACCCCUGAAGAAGUAAAUGCCAAUGUUGUUUGUCAUGCAGAAGGCAUCACACAGAAAAAUCUCUUGCAGUCAAGAUGAAAUUUGUAUUGUGUGAGACUGUACUGAUUUAUUGUUUAAGAAAAAUAAAUAAAAAGAAGGAAGUGGGGGAAGAGAACCCCAACAUCAAGGUUUGGCUAGAACUGCCCAUCAGUUUUUCUUCUAAAUUUUUAGAAAACCUCACAGAACUUUACAAUUUUUUUCUUGGCCAAUGCAUUAAGGGGAAAAAAAAUCACAAAUCUUAGUUUUCUUGUAGCAAAUUCUGCCUCUUUAAGCAAAAAUACUCUUGCAAGGUUUCCUCUUGAAAAGACAGAAAUAUAACUUGCUUGAUUCUAAACCCUUUCUUUUGUAUUUCUUUACACAUAAUGACGCCAAAAUGGCAGAUUGAGAGUUGCAAGGAAUAAUGAUGGAAAUUCUUUAGGGUUUUUUGUUUUUGUGAAAGGGUUUAAUCACACAAAGCUUUGAUACAUCAAUGUAUUAUUACGGUGGGGGAGAAAAAGGGUAUGUGUGAGACAUCCAUUUGCUUACCCCUCUAAGGACCAAACAUUUUUAAGGGGUCAUCAUUUUGAAGAGAAGGAAGAAGUAAAGCAGAACGGAGAAACUAAAACAUAAUGUUGGUUGUGUGAGGUGCUUAGAUUCCCAUUGGUAUAUGUUAGUCAUUUUAAAAACUGCUAUCAGUCUUGUUCAACAGUGCCUUGGGAAAAGACAUUUCAAGAGGAAACUUGGUAUUUCAGACAGUUUUCUUCCUCCCCACCCCUUUGCUGUCAUCUAGCUUAAGACACCCAAGUUCGUUUUACAGAGUCUACUGCAGAAUUGGAUGCCCACUGCAACCCCAAGGUUCCAUCUCUAUGUUGUUGUGGUCUUUUUGGUACAAAAUCAAGAGUGUUCUGUAACUUGGCUUUGAUUUUAGGAUGUGCUGUAGAGGUCUCAGUAGUGACAGGGAGCAUUCUAGGGAAGGCGGAGUUGUGCAAUGUACUGUAUACGAGAGACUGUCAAGCUGGCUCAUCAAAGCUGCAGCUCUGGUUCUUUCUUCUAAAAAAAGUCAACUGCAAUUUCGCUUUACAUCAUCUUGUGUUUUGACAACUUAAUUUCAAUGGGGCUGACUAAAUCUCAGCAGUUGUGCCAAGGAUUUAUUGUGUUGUUUUUUUCAAAAUAAGAGUUUUUAAAUAGAAACUCUUUAAAAUUGCACAGAUAUUUAAGUUGAAAUGUAUAUUGUACAUUGGUAGGAAAGUGUGUUGCACUGGCAACUUUUGAAGUGUUUAAAGUUUGGGCUUGGGUGGGAGGGUGAAAAUGGUGAUAAAAAUGUAUUAGUAACUAGCAAAAUUAUAAAAUCAAAACAGUUUAUGAUUUUGCAAAAACAUGCAGUGGACUCUGGAAGGACAAUGUUCUUCUUUAAAAACAUUUUUAAAGGUUUCAUAUGGAUUGGCAGGUAUGCUUUGUUUAAAAAAAAUAAAGUAGGACAACAAGUCAAAAAUAGGAGUAUUACAGAUCCAUAAUUUUAAUCAGAGAUUUUUUUUGAGAUAAAACUUCUAGCUUUAGCCAAGUGUGCAUGUUGCCGUCAUUUUACAUUUUUGAAUCAUCUUGUGUAAUUGUCACCAUGAAAGUGUUACUCAGAAAUGUCAUAGGUUUUCAUCUUUGUGCAGAACAUAGAAUAUUGUCACUGACUUUGUGUUGAGGUUCCCCCCCCCUUUUUUUUUUCCCCUUUCCCCCCCUUUUUUCCCUCCUUUUUGGGCUGCCUUUUGGGCACUACUUUUGUUGAAAUACUCAGUCUUGGCUGCAUUCUUUUUUUUUCUG